AGAUAAAUCGCAGAAACAAAAUUAGCAGAGCAGACUUCUUAACCCACAAUUCAACGCGUGUUGUCGCACGGUGAUGACGUAAGAACAUCGCUCCAGCUUUGCGUUGAUUGAUGAAAAUCACUCUCGGAAGCGAUUUAACGACCUUCGUGCCACGAUGUCCCAGCAAGCGGGACCACCUUCUGCCGAAUCCCCGGUUCUGGUGGUCACCGCCAACGUGCAGAAAUACGCCACCAAGAAGAAGAAGAUCCUGAACGCCGAGGAAAGUGAGCUGUACGAGCUCAGCCAGGCUGCGGGGGUCACCAUGGACCAGGAGGUCUUCAAGAUCAUUGUGGACUUGCUGAAGAUGAACGUGGCCCCUCAAGCGGUCUUCCAGACUCUGAAGGCCAUGUGUGCCGGCCAGAGGGUCCCCGAGAGCGACGCCGGCGGCGUCCCCUCGACGAAGGCAGAGGUCAGAGAUGAAAGUCUGAGCUCCGGGAAGAACCCUAAGAUGCCCGCGGGUGGCCCCGCCGCGGCCGGUUCCCGGACCGCCAGGGUGGGCGGCAAGAUGGCAUCCUACGGCCCCCAAGAUGCCGGAAGCGCUCCUCACGCUCAAGCAGCGCGAAGCAAAGCGACGUCGUCGAACCCCGCCGACAAGGCGCGGGAGGGGUCUGGCCAGCGGGCGCAGCGCCAGCCCAGCGCCAGCAGGGGGCAGAAGACCAAGAGCUCAGGGAGCAGCAGCUCCUCGUCGCAGAUGUGACGCAGCAGCGGUCAAGUCCAGCUCGCUCGAAAGUAUGCGAACCGCUGAUGGUGUCAAGCAACCUUUUGAGGCGAGGCCCAUAUUUCACGUCGGUAAAGCGGCCCUCUCUCGAAUUUUGAAUCGUGCAAAAAAAACUACGGCGGCCUUUUCUAAAAGACUCGCAAAAGACUGAGGACUGCACGACAUUUGAGGCCGCGGCGCGCGGCAGCCAUUAAUGAAAAUGGCCGACUUCCCGCCACCCGCCAGAAGUGGCGCAGCGCGACGCGGUUGGGAAUCACGGCUCCGCAUUCCCGACAUUAUCGAGAAAAAUCAUGGAACAUAUGACAGAUGUGCACUUAGCGUGCGAGUCUUUCCAUAUUGUGCAACAAACUUUUCACAAUAAAAUUUAAAGUGAG